UUUUCAUUUUUUUUAUUUGUGCGUUUAUUUCUUGUCCCAAAGGUGAAUAGGUGUACAUUUCUUUUAAAAAGCAAUGUACUACUGUUACCCAAUGGAGAAACACUUUUACAUUAGAGAAUGCACGAUACUUAUGUGUUAGGUUAUACUUUUAUAAACCCAACAACUACCUUGGCGGAUAUUGAUGAGGGGAGGACUGAUAACGCAACUCACCGAAGCCUACCCAACCAAUUAUUUACUAAGAAAAUACAGCUUAAAUCAACUCAACGUCAACAACACUUAGCAUCUCCACUCUUCAUUAACUCCCCUGCUUUUUCUUGCACCUUCUUCUAUAAAUAUAUCACAUUUCCUCACUUCCUUUUCGCUCACAGAGUAUAUACGUACCCCAACCUUUUAACCAUAGGAAACUAUUCCUCACUUUUUCUUUUUGUUUUUCUUUCUUUUCAUUUUAUUUCAUAACUCUUUUCCAUUAGUACAUUCAAACUUCAAACCACAAUUUUUGUUGCCGAAACCUACUACAGCCAUAUUCUCCGGUGAAAGUGUGAGAACAGAAGCUUUUUUUUUUUUAUUGGGUGUUGAAAGGUGUAACUAAUAAAGUUGUAACCGAGUUAUUGGGCCCCACAAGCACAUGGAUGCAUCAACGGCUUUUAUGAUCUUAUCAGCAAUAGCGGCUUAUUUAAUAUGGUUUUCAUUCAUCACGCGGUCACUUAAGGGUCCACGUGUCUGGCCCUUAUUGGGUAGUUUACCUGGUCUCGUCCAGCAUGCUAACCGCAUGCACGAUUGGAUCGCUGAUAAUCUCCGCGCGUGUGGCGGCACGUACCAAACCUGCAUCUGUGCCGUUCCUUUUCUUGCCAGAAAACAGUGUCUCGUGACAGUCACGUGCGAUCCCAAGAACUUGGAGCACAUACUCAAACUCCGUUUCGACAAUUACCCGAAAGGUCCUAUGUGGCAGGCAGCGUUUCAUGACUUGCUCGGUGAAGGCAUCUUCAACUCAGAUGGAGACACGUGGCUUUUCCAACGUAAGACAGCCGCAUUGGAAUUCACCACCCGUACACUACGUCAAGCCAUGGCUCGUUGGGUUAACCGAGCCAUCAAGAAUCGAUUCUGUCCAAUUUUAGCCGCGGCGCAGGAAGAAAACAAUCCAGUGGAUCUCCAAGACCUCCUCCUUCGGCUCACAUUCGACAACAUAUGCGGCUUGGCUUUCGGUCAAGAUCCUCAAACAUUAGCAGUGGGGCUUCCAGAAAACGACUUCGCGCUUUCUUUCGAUCGUGCCACCGAAGCCACACUCCAACGAUUCAUUUUACCGGAGAUCGCGUGGAAGUUGAAAAAAUGGCUUCGCUUAGGAAUGGAAGUGAGCCUAGGAAGAAGCCUCAAACUCAUCGACAAAUAUCUCUCAAACAUAAUUCAAAACCGUAAGCUAGAGCUACAGUGUGGAAGUGGGGCCCUCCACGAUGACUUACUUUCCCGUUUCAUGAAGAAAAAAGAAUCCUAUUCGGAAGAGUUUCUCCAACACGUGGCACUCAACUUCAUCCUCGCUGGACGUGACACGUCAUCAGUUGCUCUGAGUUGGUUCUUUUGGCUCUGCAUAAAAAAUCCCCAAGUAGAGGAAAAAAUAUUGCUUGAGCUAUGCACGGUUCUGAUGGAGACACGUGGAAAUGAUAUAUCGAAGUGGACGGAAGAGCCACUCGCUUUUGAGGAGGUUGACCGUUUGGUGUACUUAAAGGCCGCACUGUCAGAGACAUUGCGACUUUACCCUUCAGUGCCAGAGGAUUCAAAACAUGUGGUGAACGACGACGUUUUGCCUAGCGGAACAUUUGUUCCGGCGGGUUCGACAAUUACUUAUUCGAUUUACUCGGUUGGAAGGAUGAAGUUCAUAUGGGGCGAAGAUUGUCUUGAGUUUAAACCUGAGAGAUGGUUAUCAACAGACGGUGAAAAGAUGCAGGGGUCUUACAAGUUUGUGUCGUUCAACGCAGGGCCAAGGAUUUGUUUAGGAAAGGACUUGGCAUAUCUGCAAAUGAAGUCAAUUGCUGCUGCAGUGUUGUUGCGCCAUCGCCUGUCGGUGGCACCAGGACACCGCGUGGAGCAGAAGAUGUCGUUGACGCUUUUCAUGAAGUACGGACUUAUGGUGAAUGUGCAUUCAAGGGAUCUUGCCCCAAUGCUACAAAAGAUUGCUAAUUAACAACCCUUCUCUCCUAACGAGUAAACUCCAACGAGUGAGUAAAUAAAACAGAUACGUCAUCAAUUUUCUGUUUACAAAAUAUCAACCAUUUAAAUAAAAAAAUAUGUAAUAUUGAUAUGGUAAUUAUUAUUUUUAUUUACUUCAUAUAAAAUAACGGUGUUGUGCUCAAAAUACAUAGAGUAAUUGUCCUUUAUUCUAAAAGUAAUAUCAAAAUUUACCGGAUUUAUGUCAAUUAA